UUUUUGUGGAUAGGAGGCGAGCAGAGGAGGGCUGGGCGUGCGCAUAGCAGGCGUACCAUUGCGAAAGACUUGCGCUCAGUUCCUAGGAAAGACACCCUUUCGGACUGAAUGGACUCCAGCGGGGAAGUGAAAUAACUUAAUCAAAAGCGGGAUACUAAAUAACGAUCGGAUUACACUCGAAAUAAAGGGACAUAUCAUAGGAUUAUUUCCCCGUUUUCAUGGAUACCAAUGAGGUCUUUAUCCAUGCGUAAAGCGGAACAAUCCCUCGCGUGAGAGGGCAGAGAAUGGAAACGAAGAACCGAAGAAUCUCGAGCAUCUACACCCAAAGCAGCAUGAUGAAAAAGGAAAUCAACCUGAAUCUCAACGCUCAAGACGACGAGCUGUCCAACAAGCCCAACCCUUUGCGGGACACGGACGGCAUCCUCAACUCCCCGGACCUCGGACUCCUGAAGCUCGCCUCUCCGGACCUUGAGCGCCUGAUCAUCCAGUCCAACGGCAUGGUCACCACAACCAACCCGACGUCCCAGUUCCUCUACCCCAAGUCCGCCAGCGACGAGCAGGAAUUCGCGGAGGGUUUCGUGAAAGCCCUGGAGGACCUCCACAAGCAGAACCAGCUGAACGAGGCGUCGUGCGUCUCCGUGGACCGCCUGGAGCUCCUCGGCUCCAACGCAGCGUCUGUUGGACUCCAGCAGGCGUCCGAUCUGCCCGUGUACACCACGCUCAACGGCUACGCCUCCAGCCCCCUGCAGGGAACGACCAUCCACUACUCCACGGACACCGUGCCUUUCCCCCCACCGCCGUCCCACAUGCCCGUCGUCCAGCAGCAGCAGGCGGCCGCGGCGGCCGUUCUGUCGCGGCUCCAGUCCGCUGGCCUGGUGAAGGACGAGCCCCAGACGGUGCCGGACAUGCAUAGCUUCGGCGACAGCCCCCCCAUGUCCCCCAUCGACAUGGACAACCAGGAGCGCAUCAAGGCAGAGAGGAAGAAGCUGCGCAAUAGGAUAGCGGCGUCUAAGUGCCGCAAGAGGAAGCUGGAGAGGAUCUCCCGCCUGGAGGACAAGGUGAAGUCACUGAAAACACAGAACACAGAGCUUGCCUCCACGGCCGGGGUGCUGAGAGAGCAAGUGGCCCAGCUGAAGCAGAAGGUGAUGAACCAUGUCAGCAAUGGAUGCCAAUUGCUCCCAAAUCAGGUCCAGGCAUAUUAGAUCUCGUAAACCAAAUGUGCUCCACUCAACCAUCCUUUGCUUUGAGGUAUCGGAUCUGAGACUGAAACGCUCUGGGGGUUCAAGCGAGUUAAUGGGAGACAGACACGACAAUGACUUUUGAUUAAUUGCUGUUGGUGCAGAGGUUUAAAUGCGGUUCCAAGUAAUUCCAUAGAGUCCCAGGUGAACUGGAAAUUGCAGGUAGACCAGCUGCAGGUGUAGGCUGCCCCUUCUGGGUUGUAUGGCUGCCAAACAGACAGUGGUGCAGCCAUUUUGCUCAUUAUGCCGCUCGCAAUCAUCCAAUGGACUGGCAAAGGAUAGAUCUCUACAUGUAAUGUUUAACUGGACAAUCUGCUAUCUAAUACCAGGGUGCUUUCAUGAACAUCCACUUCGUUUUGUAAUGCCUUCAUUGUUUACAAGCACUUACCAAUUGAAAAAAAAUGUAUAUUUUAUUUACUGAAACGUGUAAUUUGCAUAAUACACUAUUGACGUCCCUCCUGUUGCAGACGUGAACAGUGCAUGUUUUAAAUGCCAUGUGUGUGCAGUAGGAAACGCCUUUUCUAUAUCGUGAUUGUUGUGUUGCUUUCUACCUUAAACUAUUCAUUAUUGUGUGUGUGUGUGUGUGUGUGUGUGUGUGUGUGUGUGUGUGUGUGUGUGUGUGUGUGUGUGUGUGUGUGUGUGUGUGUGUGUGUGUGUGUGUGUGUGUGUGUGAGUGUGUGUUUGUGGACAUCAGAAGCUGCGUAUAGCUACAUGUAAUGAGUUGUUUUUUUUUUUACCUCUCAAACACAUUAAAUUCACUACAUAAGCAGGUCGGUUGAGCGUUGUUCAUCGCAGUAUUAAUGCUUACUGAAACGACUACAUUAACAAAAUGUCAAAGUGAUGACGCUGCUCUGAUUGCUUGUUUGUAACAAUUGUAUAACAAUACUAUGGUAAACAUUGUGCCCUCUGGUGGUUUUGAAAAGUGUUUAUGUAUCAAUGAAUUCUUAAAAAACCAA